AUUUUAAAUUAGCAAUAGCAAAUAACGAAGAAUCGUCACCAUCGUAUGAGUAGUGAAAAUAAAAUGAGAAAAAUAUGAAACAGAUAGUUGCAAACGUUUAAUUUUCGCACUGUUUGUUUAUUUUAGUGAUUGUUUACGUUUAAUGUUUACAAAGUUAUUGUGUGGCCUUCGAUGUGAACAAAAUCGAUGAAAUCGUGGAUACAGUAAUUCAGACAAUAUGUGCAGUGGCGAUUACGAUUGACAUCUGUAGUGAAACAAAAGGAAAACGAACUUGAAAAGCUCCGAAAGCAAAUUAAGGAUGAGUUCAACUGAUACAAUAAAUGUAACAGCACAGCCUAUCUCGAACAAUACACACGAGAUGUUGACUUCUGUGUUCCUGGAGACUCGCUCUGCGCAAGUCAUCGCCGGCAUAUUUGUAUGGGCGGCAUUAUUCUUAACUUGCCAACAGAUUUAUCAGCACUUGCGCUGGUACACGAACCCGUCAGAGCAGCGUUGGAUUGUACGCAUAUUGUUUAUCGUACCUAUCUACGGCUGCUACAGUUGGAUCUCGCUUCUCUUCUUUAAUGGCAAUUCAUACUAUGUUUACUUUUUCACGGUUAGAGAUUGCUAUGAAGCGUUCGUGAUCUACAGUUUCCUGUCCCUGUGCUACGAGUACCUGGGCGGGGAGGGCAACAUCAUGUCGGAGCUGCGCGGGCGGCCCGUGCGCGCGUCGUGCGUCAACGGCACGUGCUGCCUGUCGGGCGCCACCUACACCAUCGGCUUCCUCAGGUUCUGCAAGCAGGCCACGCUGCAGUUCUGUCUCAUCAAGCCUGUCUGCGCUUUCAUUAUCAUAUUCUUGCAGGCGGCCGGACAUUACCACGACGGUGACUGGAGCCCGGACGGCGGCUACCUCUACAUAACAAUAGUCUACAAUUUCUCCGUGAGUUUGGCGUUGUACGGUCUCUUCUUGUUCCUGGGAGCGACUCGCGAAAUGCUAAAACCAUUCGACCCAGUGCUCAAGUUCUUCACUGUGAAAUCGGUCAUUUUCUUAUCAUUCUGGCAAGGUGUAGCUCUGGCCAUCCUCGAGAAGGCAGACGUCAUAUCGCCCAUCAUAGACUCCAACGGCGUGCCCACUACGGCCGGUACGGUGUCCGCCGGCUACCAGAACUUCCUGAUCUGCAUCGAGAUGCUGGCGGCGGCCGUGGCGCUGCGCUACGCGUUCCCGGCCGCCGUGUACGCGCACGCGCACCGCGACCCGCACCGCUCCGUCACCAUGCAGUCCAUCUCCAGCAGCCUCAAGGAGACAAUGAACCCUAAAGACAUAAUGACGGACGCGUUCCACAACUUCCAUCCACAGUACCAGCAGUACACGCAGUACAGCUCUGAUGUCACUUCCCACCUGCCUUAUGAGAAACUAUAAGCUCUGCCAUAGCUGUGCUCUGCAUGAAGUGCAUUGCUGUCUGUCUGUCCAUUUUAUACAUAUUUAAUAUAUAACAAUCAUUACUUGAUAAUGUAACAUGCCAAUUAAACAACCACAGCAGCAAAAUAUAUUAAAAAAAAGAUAUAAAUUGGUUAUAGAAAUAAUAAUUGGCAAGUUACAUUUUCUUCUGCCGAGCAUGGAAACGCCAUUUACUCUUCAUAGUCUAAUCUUAACAUUGGGAACAAAAAAAAAACGAUGCAUUUAUAAUUGAGAAUUAUAUUUUUAUAACCAUAUAAAUUCCUAAAAUUUAAAAUGCCUUAAAUAUUUAAUGAUUUUGUGGUUUUUAAAUAAUAAAACCAUUUAUUAGUUUGAGCUAUGAUUAAUGCAUUGUAAUGUCGGCAAUAAUUAUACAAAGAAAAAACAUGAAAACGUAAAAUGGGAUUUGACGAAUAACGUCGAAACUUGUUUUCAACUUGAAAGAUUUUAGAUUUCGGUGCUCGGUUUUAAGACCGUUAAUAAAGUGUAAGUUAAUUUUUAGUGUAUCUUUACUUUUUAUAACAAUUGUCGAGGUAUUUGGCUAGUCCGAUUUUAUUCGCGUAAACUGGUUUCACACAUCAUUGAAUUAUAGUGAGUAAAAAAAAAAUACAAAACAAAAAAAAGACCUACUUUUACUACGUGUGACACUGGUUUUAAAUGAUUAGUUACAGCUUAAUAAAUAAAUAAAUGAAAUAUAAAAUAAUAAAAACAAAAAAAAUAUUUUUAUGUUGUUAUUCAUUAUAAUAAUAAUAAUUAGUUAUUUAAGUUCGGACUAAUCAUUGCCAUUUUAUUACAGUCGUACCUUUUUAAUUUGUACUUAAAGCCUAAAUUAUAUGUUAGUUUUGGGUAGAGUGUAAAUGUUAAUUUUUCUGUGAUUUUUUAUCUUUCUUUGUAUAUUUUUUUUGUUACUCUUCUUAUUAGAUAGAGGAUUUAAUCCAAUAGAAAAAGCUAGGCUUGCUUCAGUCGUCAAAACUAACGAAUUUGAGUACAGGUUUAGUUUUUUACCAUCUUUUAGUAGUUUUUUUUUUUAAGAAAGGUAAGUCGAAAAAAGCAGUUUUCCUGACCAAAGAACCAACUUCUAGCAGGAUGGAAAUAAAGCACAGGCAAAAAUGUUGAAUAAAUAUACAGCUUUGUAUUUACGCAAUAUGUAAAUGUUCUGUUUUUUCUUAUUUAAAGUUUAAUAUAAAGAGUUACAUGUAAGUUUAAUAUUGUGUGAAGAUUCAAGAUAACUCUAAAAAUGUGUUAAUGAUAUUGUCUUUUAUGAUAGAGAUUAAGUUUUAAAUCGUAACCAUAUCAGCUGUGGACAGUUUAAAUAAAUAACUUUGUACUUGGCAUCAACUACACUAAUAAACAAUUCUAUCUAU